GAGGCAGCCCCUGAGGGUGUCUACAUUUCCAACUGGGAUGUGCAAGUCCAUACCUUAGCACCCAGGAAGCCCUGCCCCAGAUCCCACAAUUUGCCUUAUAAGGGAGGUUAGCCUAAGGCGCAUCCCCCUAAGACCAUACCUGGGGAGAAGCAUCCUUCCUCAGGAAGAACUGACCUCUGUGAGCACAUGGCAUGUGGCGAGCUCUGAGCUAACGGUGGUCACACCAACCCUAGAACAAAUCCUCUGGCAACCCAACAUCCCACCUGCCACCAAGUCCUGUCAGUAUCUCCCAAGGCCGGCCCCCUUUUCUCCAUCUCCUCACCGUUGAGUCCCAGUUGUCCUCAACUUACCUGAAGCCAUGGCAAAGCCUCCUACUGGUAGCACAGUCAGUCCAAGCCGCCCCCCACACACAGCCACAAGGAAGGCUUCAGGACCCAAAUCUCAUCCUAUCACCCCUGCCAAGAUCCCUGAAGGCCCCUUAGACCUAAACGGGGUUGCACGGUCUGGGCCUGCACUCCAUCUCACACCUUUCUCUGUACCCUGAGCCACACCAGCCUUCUCUCAGCUCCCUUGCCUACCAUCCUUUAUUCGGCCUCUCCGUGAAACGUGUCCCCCCUCCCCUCACCUUGUCAGCUCAUCUUCUUCCUUCAGAUCUCAGUUCAAAAGCCUCCCCUGCGCCUCUGUGUCAGUUCUAUCCAUCGUACAUUCUCACACCCUCUGCUGUACUUCUCCUUCAGGGCAGGCGUUUUCUCCACCAGUUGUAAGCUCUGGAAGACAAAGUGUGCAUCUUUCUUCCUCUCCCCGCUUCCCGUCCUUCUCACCAUCGCAUCCCCAGCAUCUGUCCAGUGCCUGGCCAUCACUGAUGCUCAGUAACUAUGUGUUGAAUGGAUAGAUGAAUGAACCAACUCUAUGAGCAGGCUCUCUGAGGACUGCUCAGCUGGCCACCAAGUCCUGGGGCUCUGGGGCUCUCCUCCCCAGAGCUGCCCCCAGAACCAUGGAGAGUCUGAGUGAGCUACAGAACCCACUGCUGCCUCAGAACCCCGCACACCUCCAUGGCCCCUACCCCUACCCCGAGGCUUCUCCCGCCUGGCCGUGCCGGGAGAAGAUCUACUCCUACCUCCUGGGUGGUGCUGGGCCUGCUCACGCCCACCAGCUCCUGGACCCAGGAUCCCUGCAGCUGGCCGUGGAGGCCUGGUACAGGCCCAACUGCCUCCUGGGGAGGGACAAGCUCAAGGAGCCCAGGGCAGACAGCUGCGAAACCAGCUUCACAGAGAGCAGGGAGCCCUCCGCUGGGCCUACGGAGCGGUCCACAGAACCUGGCCAAGCGGAAGAGGAUGUCACCAUCCAGACUGUGUCCUACGGGGUUCAAGAGGAGCUCCAAGGCCAAGAGGACGACCAGGAGGAGGAGGAGGAGAGUGAUGCAACCUCGACAGAGAGUGAAAGCGAAGACAACUUCCUUACGCUCCCUCCCAGGGACCACCUGGGUCUCACGAUCUUCUCCAUGCUCUGCUGCUUCUGGCCACUGGGCAUAGCUGCCUUCUACUUCUCCCAGGGGACCAGCAAGGCCAUCUCCAAGGGGGACUUCCGCCUGGCCAGCACCACCUCCCGCCGGGCCCUGUUCCUGGCCACACUCUCCAUCGCCAUUGGGGCUGGUCUCUAUGUGGCCGUGGUGGUAGCCCUGGCAGCUUACAUGUCCCAGAAUGGCCACAGCUAGUGGCCAAGAAGUCCUGGCGUCCUGACUCCCCUGAUCGACCUGAGGAGGCAGGGGGGCUUGGGGUAGCAGACUCUCUGGGAAGUCCUGGCCCCUGAAGACAGCUCAUGAGCGUGGCUUAUUGGGAGGAGGCCUCCCAGGCUGCAGCCUGAGGGGUGCAACCUUCACUUCUUCCUGCCUAUUGCAACCAGCCUAAAGCAGGGCUGGGAGCAUCACUCUCCAGCCCAGGCUAUGUUGGGAAGCAGCAGAGGGUAGGGCUGCCCACCUGGCCAUCCAGGCAGGACCUCCCUCUAGCUGGGAGUUCUCCCCAUUCUGCUUAUUUCCUAAAGGGUCUCCUGCCCUGCAAGCACCCCACUACCCGACUCCGUUAACCUCUCCACAGAGAAAGAACAGAUUACAGGGAGGGAAAGGGAUGCCUGGGGAGAAGAGGAGCUGACCCAGUCCUUGCAGCCCACAGGCAUCUCCACCUGGGACACCCUGACUUUCCCCAACUCCACUCUCUGCCUCAUGAUGCCCAGACCUCAGCCAGCCAAGAGGGAAGUACAUAGAGACAUAGGGACCCCUUGGUCUUUCGGGUUCUGGAGGGUGCUUACCUCUCCUGUGGGCUUGUAAGACAGUGUAGAUUCUAGGCAGAGAAGGGACAUCUCGGAUGUAUAAACUCUGUGCUGAGGGCAGGUUCUUGGAGCGUCUCUGUGCAGGAACGAAAGGCAGAUGAGAUGACACAAAGCCUGGAGGGCCCUGGAAUAGUGUUGCCCCUGUUCCCCCAACAUCCUUUUCUAAGCUCCUCCCGGGGGGCUCUGAGCUGGCACCAUCCCAGGUAGACAGAGAGAGAGUGCCAUCAGCCCAGCAGCCACUGAGCACAGGACCCUAGAUCCAGCCCUGUGGGAAAAUAGCGAGGAGACCCUGAGUAGUGAGUGAGAUGAGAGGAGUGACACAGGCCUGGCAUGGCAGCUGAGCAGCCCAGGAAGGCUUCCUAGAGGAGGCGAGCAAGGUCUAGAUAGAUGAAGAGAAUGUAUCUAAGGGAUACUAAGGGAUGACCCUUAGUAUUCAUGGGCAGGGAUGUGGCAGGAGCCUCCCAAGGGGGGUUCAAAGCUGUUUGGAUUAUGCCUAGAACAUCCAGGCUGGAGCCAAACUGAGGGCUCCACCAACUCAAGGAAGAGGAAGGUCAGGCCUGUGUCUCAAAGGCCAGUAAUGUUUUCCCACCUCUGAAUGCUGGACCCCUGGUCAGCCUUGGAGCUUCUUCACUGGCACCCCGGCUCAGAGCUGCUCUUAACGCCCUCAACCUCUAGGAAUCCUCCAGAAUUCUAGAGACAUCCAGACAGGCAGGAGGAGCACAUUGUGAGGGCAGGCCUUUCAGAGUUCAAGCUAUGGACCUCACUGUACACAAUCUGUGGACCUGGUCAUUCCCGUCCCCCAUCCAGAGCUCGGGGCUAUGAAUCCACCAACUUGUCCCACCAUCUCCCCUAAUCCCAGGCGUUACCCAGCCCUCCGUUCCCUGCAUCCCCUGAAGUCUCACAGGCCCAGGAUCAGCAGUUUUAAUGUCCCAUUAUUGUAUAUAAUUAUCCUUGUAAUAAACAUUUCUGUAACACCUGGUGCCCUCUGGGCCUCUUACUGUCCUCGCCUGCCUCCACCUUGGCCUGCAUCCAUUUCUUCCCCAAGACUGACCUCCAUCCCCAAGCCUACUGCUCCUGGUCCCUAGCAGCAUGUUCUUGAGAGCACAUGCCCACAUCCGGGCCUUAGGAGAAGGGGGAGGCACUCUGGCUUGGAGGACUUCUCUGCUCAGAGUAGCCUGGAUGCAGGGUGAUGGCGUGCAUUUGACUCUGCGAGAUAAGGCAAGGUCCAUGCUGAAGAAAAAUCCCUUCUAGACUCGAAGGCCUUGGAGAUCAGGUGGAAGGGAUGCGAGCCAGGGUGACUGAGGCUCCACUGAGCUGCCUGGAGCUAUCAAGGGUGGACACAAGGUACGGGGUCACCAAGGAGCCCCAUUCUGCCAAUGCCCUCUCUAGAGUCCCUCAUACCUCCCUUAUGGGGGUUGUUCACGGGUGGUAUGGGGAGGAAACCAUCUCUGUCUGCCUCAGACCACAGCCUCAGCACCAAAUGCUCUCGGUCCCAGGCCCCCAGGAACCUGCCUGGACUGAGGGCGCUGGCACACUCGCACCCACAUGUGCCUACUUGCAAGACACAGCUAUGGACACACAUGUUGCACAGGCU